UCCCGUACCUGUGUCGUGACUCCGGCCUCAUUUGCUCGCGGUCCCGGGGGGAGGUGACCCACCAGGCCCCAGCGGCACUGGAAUGGGAGGCGGGGCCGGCACGGGGCCUCAUGCGCCUGCCCACGUUCCCAGCGAAGGUGCGGCCGCGCCGGCAGUCUGGGCAGCCGGCCCACGUGUCAGGGAGGCGGAGCCAGGAAGUGGGCACGCGGGGGGCACUGCGGCUGUUCCGGACAGACGGUCCGACCCCGCGAGGGAAAGGUUACAUCGGUGGCGGGGGCCUCAGAGACCCGCUGCCGCUGCCGGAGUUCGUGCCGGCGGUGCGAAGACACCAGCCCAGCCGCGGACAGACGCGUCCUUACUUCGGGGCUCAGAGGAAGAGGAGGGGUGUGAAGCAGGGCGGGCUCCCCGGGGGUCUCCCGCGCCGGUGGUCCUGCCCAAGCCUGUUCAGAUUCCCACCACACUCCGCCACGUGCCGAAGGGAACAGUCCCUGGUCAGAAGCAGCAGAGACACGGAACGUGACAUCCGGCGCUGGGAGGCCGUGAGAAAGAAGAAACAAAGGCGGCCUCUCUGGGCUUCGGCUUCUUCGUCUGCACAACGAAGGGGUGCACUCAGACCCUCUGAUCUUUAUCUUUCUGCGGCAGAUGAAGGUGCUGAACUCAUCACAGUCCGCUUCUGUCCUCGGCACGUCUACGGGGGUGGAUCUGGCGACCAUUGCCGCCACCCGUUCCCGCCUCUGAGUGUGGCUGUGUUUCCCUCUCGUGGAAAUCCUGGAGCCUUCGCUUCUUUUGUGCGAUUGGUUUCUUUUCUUAGUUUCUUUAGCUGAAUGUCUUUCCUCCUACCAACCUGUGUGCGGACUUGCCUUCAGGUUCCCCCUAGAUCCCCUGUGGGCUCUUCCUCGGGGACCCCGUCCGAAUCAGCCUCUGGCUCCGCGUGGGAGAUCCUGAGAAUGAAUGUAAGGUCCUGACCGCUCGUCUGGGGACGCUUCCUUUCAUUUUUCUGGCGUCACCUCAAACUCAGGAAUAAAAGCAAACUUGCUAUCCUCAAA